UCUGCAUUGACAGGUGGAUUCUUUACCAUUGAGUCACUAGGGAAACCUGAAGUAUUAUGUAAUAUCUUAGAAAUGUUUAUUUCAAUUUGACUAUUUUAGUAAGCCAGAUUUUUCAGAUAUAUUUCUUUUUAUUUUUAGAAAAAGUCUAUUUAGUUCUAAAGUAUUGUUCCUAAUGUUAUUAAUUCCCAGUACACAAAUCUCAUUCUUCUCUGAGUAUGCUCUCACAGGUAGGAAAUACAGUUUUAGGGCAAGCAGUGAAGAGUCAGAAUGGUCUGAUUUUGAGGCAAGCCUGUGUCUAGAACACACCUUUGAGUGGACUUCUGCUCCCAUCAGCCUGCUUAUGCAUAACCCUGAUGUUUUUUGUGUGAUUAAAUUAAAAUUAAAUUAAAGUCUUUGGUAGUCUCGCUUUGUUACUGGGAGUCUGGGACGUUGUAAGCCAGCUCAGUGUCAGGAAAAGUAGGUGUGGACUUUCAGGGCUGUGCCUCUCCGCAACCAGAAUGUGGUUGGCAGUCUCCGCCCCUUCCUGCCCUGGAGCUCUUCACAGUGUGCACUCUGGAAUGACAGGCAUUCCUGCGUGGAGAGAGCCAGCGCGAAGGCAUAUUUGUGAGAACCACCAGUGCCUGGCCCGGGCGGGAUACAGGGAACCAGAAACUCCCACAGAUUAACUGCCCUGGUGGCGUGUCCGUGUCCUGAUGUCUGGCGGUGACACUGCGAGAGGAGUGCACGACCCCUCCUUAUGUGGAUUUAUCAUUUAAGAAAAGUUUGCUUCGGUCCGGGACAAUUUGCUGUUGUGAGACACAUCAGACAACAUAAUCAUGGGGCAAGCUGACAUCUCCAGACCGGUAAAUCCAGAUGGAGCUGAAGAAAUAGGUCAGCCCACUGCAGACCUAGGCAUGGUCAUGGACUGUGUGGAAGCAGGAGACAUAACGCCUCCUACCAAAAGGAAGAGCAAGUUCUCAGGCUUUGGCAAGAUCUUCAAGCCCUGGAAAUGGCGGAAAAAAAAAAGUGAUAAGUUCAAAGAGACAUCAGAAGUUUUAGAGAGAAAAAUAUCUAUGCGAAAACCGAGAGAAGAGCUGGUUAAAAGAGGGGUUCUGUUGGAAGACUCUGAGCAGGGUGGUGAGGAUCCAGGGAAGCUGAACCAUGCCACGUUAAAGAAUGGCCACACCGCCCUCAUAGGGAGCGCCAGACCUUCUAGUCCAGUCCAGGUAGAGGAGGAGUCGGGAAGAAUAGCAAGUCUCAGGAAGCCUGUUCCAGAAGAGGAGCCGAAGAAGCGACUAGGCUCCACUGGAAGCCAGCCUCAUUCUGAAGCAGAAUUCGUCCCUGAGAGUGUACCCAAACAGCCUUUACUUCCCCCUAAAAGACACUUGUCCUCUUCUCACGAAGCAAAUGAAGGGCAAGCAAAGGAUGCCACUUCCUCUGGCAACUCGGCAAGACCCAGCUCGUCUGCCUCCACCACUGCCGCCACCACAGCACCUGCUGCUACCGUGGCUGCCACGAACCCGGCAAAACCUGUCCUUUCCUCUGGCCCCCCUUCCCAGGCACCCAGGACCCUGCCUGCUGCUCCUGCCAGCACUAACACCGCUGCUGCCCUGAGCCUUUCUCACACAGGCCCUGCCAAGCAGCCCCCUAUCCCGCCCCCAAAACCAACUCACAGAAACAGCAACCCUGUCAUUGCUGAACUGUCCCAAGCAAUAAACAGUGGUACGUUGUUAUCAAAGCCAUCCCCACCUUUACCACCGAAGAGAGGCACUCCAUCAGCCUUGGUACCCACCUCAGAGUCUGCUGCUGCUGCCACCACCGCCACAAAAGCACCAAGUGAUCAGAGAGAGAAGAGCACAUGCUCUGUGGGCUCCGAACCCCUGCUGACCCCCUCCCCCUCCUCCCCACUGCCUACUCACAUACCUCCAGAACCCCCUCGGUCCCCUCCAUUGCCUGCUAAGACUUUUCAAGUUGUGCCAGAAAUUGAGUUUCCACCUUCCUUAGACCUACCCCAGGAGAUUCCCCAGCAGGAAAGUCAGAAAAGGGAAGUACCCAAGAGGAUGUUGGACCACAGCUUCGGGGAGCCCCAGGUGCCCCCUAGGCUGCCCCCAGUCCCGCUGCACAUCCGAAUCCAGCAGGCCCUGACCAGCCCACUUCCCAUGACUCCUCCCUUGGAGGGCUCUCAUAGAGCUCAUUCGCUGCUCUUCGAGAACAGUGACAGCUUUUCUGAGGACAGCAGUACCCUGGGUCGGACCAGGUCACUUCCCAUCACUAUUGAAAUGCUAAAAGUUCCAGACGAUGAAGAAGAGGAGGAGCAAAGCCACAUAUUUGCAUUCGAUGAAGAUGUAGCACCUACCUCAGUCGUUCCUAAACUGCCGCAGUGUCUGCAGGAGGAGGAAGAAGGGAAGGAGAGUGACUCUGAUUCAGAAGGUCCCAUUCAAUACCGAGAUGAAGAGGACGAAGAUGAAAGCCAUCACAGUGCUCUGGCCAACAAAGUGAAGAGGAAAGACACGCUGGCAAUGAAGUUGAACCACAAACCUAGUGAACCAGAAAUGAACAUGAAUUCUUGGCCUCGAAAAAGCAAAGAGGAGUGGAAUGAAAUCCGGCACCAGAUUGGGAACACACUGAUCAGACGACUGAGUCAGAGACCGACACCAGAAGAACUAGAACAACGGAACAUACUACAACCUAAAAAUGAAGCUGAUCGUCAGGCAGAAAAACGAGAGAUUAAACGUCGGCUCACCAGAAAGCUCAGUCAAAGGCCAACUGUGGCUGAACUACUUGCUAGGAAGAUUCUGAGGUUUAAUGAAUACGUGGAAGUAACAGAUGCUCACGAUUAUGACCGGCGAGCUGACAAACCUUGGACCAAACUGACCCCUGCUGACAAGGCUGCCAUAAGGAAAGAGUUAAAUGAGUUUAAAAGCUCAGAGAUGGAAGUUCAUGAGGAGAGUAAACAUUUUACACGCUACCACCGUCCGUGAUGCUGAAGUUUGAGAGAGAAUCUAAACAACCCCCCCCAACACAGGGCUGCUUCAGUGUGCAGAGAGACACGGAGGGGACUUCAGCACUUCCCAGCACAGCCAGAAUUGAGUCCCCUAGGCUACAGUUCUGGGGUGAACAGCACUUCGAUGAAUGUAGCUUUUCACUGGAAUGGGUUCUCAUGUGCUGCCUUGGGCAAAACUGAACAUUUUGUCAGUGCUUUUGAACCUUGUAAUAUUGCAGCAUACCUGAGGGGUCUUCCCUCAACAGCCUCAAUGUUCUGGGUCACUUGCAGGUUCCAAGUUUUAUUGGUUGAACCUCACCCACGAUGACUGCCUGUGCUAAAGGCACAGUUUGCACCAUUGGCCUUACCAGCCCUGUCCUGUUUGAGACCCACUUGUAUAGAUGCUAAAUUCUAGCCAUCACAUCCCGUUGGUGAUGGGGGAAACCUGCUGGAGGCCCCCAAGCUUCCGGGAAAAGGGGCCGUCUCCAGGGAGAAGCACGUCAGCCGAAAGCACUGCACUGUACUUUUGUAACACGGCAAUACAGUCCUCUUCAGGCAACCCAGCCUGGGAGAAGCUCGGGACCUGACAUUUUCUUCUUUCGGCACAAGUCAUUCUGAUUUGUAUGUUUUUAAAAAAUCUUGAAGAAAUGAUGGGAGCUUAACAUUUUUCCUAUCUGUUAAACAGUCUUGAGCUGCAACUAGAUUCCAAGUUGGAAAAAUGAGACAGCAUAUAUGUUUUCUAUGUAUAAAAACAAAACCAAAAAAGGGCCUUUACGUUAAGGCCAACUUGGCAGAAAACUGACUCAUGGCUCGAGUUGUUCAGAUUGUUGUAUUUUUGUUGUACCAGAUGAUAACUCUAAAUCAUUCUAACCAACAGAUGCAUUCUCUCCCCUAAAGCAGAGUUGCAACUCUGCGGGAGCACUCGUGUGCUGUCAGCCCCCACAAUUCCAGCCAGAAUCACAGCAAGGUCCUGGGGGUGUGGGGACUAGACAGAAAAAGGUCCUUGGAGAAGCAGUUGGGAGGGGUGAGAUCAUGACCCACCGCUCCUGUCUGUUCCUCAAUCCUGUCCACCCUCGCCUGCUGCCCUCUUCCUCUUACCUCCCAACACUGACCCUCCUGCUCGCCCUGUCUGGCAGCUUCCACCUCACUCAGCCCUCCUCUUCCAAGCUGCAGCCAGUGCAGUUGGUGCCUGGGCAUUGGCUCAGCCCACACACCCUUUUAUAUGUGUAAUAUAUAUUAAUAUGAUUUCCUGAAACAGACGAUUCAGUUGCUUUCUUUGAAUUUUUGUUGAAAACCAUAUGCCUUACUGUGUCCCUCUAAUUCCUAUCCACUCUAAGUGGAAGGGGAAAAAAGUUUCUAUUAAACUGAUGAAUGUGGCUUUUUCCCCUGAAUGUUCAGAAAAUUGUGGCUAUUUUAUAGAUUUCUUCUGACUUCUUCUGCCAGUCCUUGUCCUGUAUGUGCUCUUCCAGUAGAUUUUUCUCUGUUCCUCCUUUUGCGUCAUGUAAGGUUUGCUGAAAAUCAGAAUAUCAGGUCAAAACAAAGCUAAAGUGACCUUAAAAGGUAGUAUGUUCUCUCCAUAUGGGGAAUAGGGAGGUGUUUGGAUUUUUCAGUAACUGUUAAGUGCUUUAUGGCUAUGGAGAUACACUGGGCUUACAUCCCCUGCAAGCUCACUGACGUUCGGGAUGACUGAGGAAGAUAAAGAGAUGAUUCUACAAAGUUGUUGGAACACACAUUAAGUGUUAACUUCUUCUAACCUUUCUAUCUUGUUGGUUUGGAGACUACUUGGCUUUUGCCAGCAUCCUCUGUGGCUUCAGAUGACAUUUUUCACAUCCCAUUCGCUCCCUUCCUUUCCCUUAAUGUGCCAAGCUUGAAACAGGAUUUGAUUUCCUGAGCUACUUGUUCGCUUCCUAUGUGCCACCAAGGAAUCUAAUUCAUCUUUCAUCUCACUCAUGUUCUAUGGAAACAAGAUACUUUGGGAGUCAAGUCCUUUCAGGUGUUUAUAUAAAUAUAUAUAUAUAUAUAUAUAUAAAAAGUGGAUUUUGUGUUCUCCUUCCAUGUAAGUAAUAAUUCACAAUCAUGAUGUAAAGAAGAAAUAGAAAUCUGUUGUAUUGUACUUCAAAAUGCUUCCCUGAUGUACAGAAUCUCCUUGUAAAAUAAAUAAUUGCAUUGUAUAUUAGUCUUCCUAUCAAUAUUAAUUAUUAAUGUAUUUUAGAAUUAAAAAGGACAAAUUAUAUUA